AUGAGUAAGGGCGAGGAGCAAACCGCUAAGGAUCAAACCUCUAAAGAACCACUUCCGAGAGAAGCGGACAUCUUGGUACGCUCCCAGGUUGAGCUCUAUGGCAAGAUCGCCCGCGCUUCCGAAAACUUGAAGAAGCAGGGCGUCGCCAAUAUUACCAUCGGGCUAACGGAGGCCCGUUUGCAGGCCCUCGAUAACAACUGGGCGAAGUUUGAGGCUCAGCACGACAAGCUUAUCUCGGGCUUCUGGGAGGCUCUUACCGGCCAGGAUUACCUGAAAAAGGAUUACCAUUCUUUCACCGAGGAGACCUAUCUCAAUCAGAAGGGCAUGUUCUUAGAAACCCUCCGAUGCAUGAGGGCAAAGGCCAAAGAGGAGCUCCCCGCGGCCCCCCUCGCAGCGCCACAUCCGCCUCGCACGACUCUCCCGCGCAUUCAGCUGCCGCCGUUCUCGGGUCGGUACGAGGACUGGCCGCCCUUCCGAGACCUCUUCCACUCGCUCAUCGGGAAGGACGCCACCACGACGCAAGUAGAGAAGCUGCACUACCUGAAGUCUUGUCUAAAGGGAGAAGCAGACCUUUUAAUUCGCAAUCUGACGACGACUAACGAAAAUUUCGAGCGCGCGUGGAAGGCCCUGACUGACUACUACGAGAACAAGCGACUCCUGGUUCGAUCAUACAUCUCGCAAUUUACGGCCUUGCAGAAGCUCAAGAGCGAGUCAGCCUCCGAGCUGCGCAAGCUGUAUCACGGCGUUAUAAACACCGUCGGCUCAUUGGAGAGCAUCGGCCGACCGAUUACGCGCGGCGAGGACUUGUUCGUCCAUUUGAUAGCGGAGCUGCUCGACUCCCGAUCGCGUCGCGAGUGGGAGAACACUAUAAGCGAGACGACCGAUCCUCCGUCGUACUCCGACCUGCGUCAAUUUCUAGAACGUCAUCUGCAUACUCUUGAGUCCCUACAGCCGAUCAAGACGGAGACCAACAGGACGGAAGUCAGCUCCAAGACGGGCGAUAACGCGUCCCGUCAAGCCCGCGCAUUGCACUCGCGCCCACAGGAAAACAAGUACGGCCGUUGUACCUUGUGCCGAAAGGAUCACUACAUCCUACGGUGCGACGCGUACCGAGCAAAGACGGCAGAGGAACGUAAGAAACACGUAGAGACGCACCAAUUGUGCAUCAACUGCCUCGGUAAGCACAAGUUGAGCUCGGAAUCGUCUCUAAUUUCGGAAUCGCUGGCCCAGCGCUUACGACUCCCCCGCAGAGCUACCUCGGUGGCGGUGUACGGUGUGGGGGGAAAACGGACGGGCUGCGCGCGCGGCUUAGUGGACUUCCGGAUCUCACCACGAGGAGGCGGUCCGCCGACGCUGGUGUCGGCAUUGGUGCUCCCCCGCCUCACUCUUCACGGUGGCGAACUCAGGACCGAGCGCGGAACGUGGGCUCACCUGCAGGGCCUAGAGCUCGCCGAUCCAGAGUUUCUCGCCACUGAUUCUAUCGACAUCCUCCUAGGGGCAGACAUCUACGCCAACAUCCUCCAAGCCGGCCUUCGGAAGGGUGGGCCACGGGAGCCAGUGGCGCAGAAGACAAAGCUAGGCUGGAUACUCUCUGGGAUCGUCGGACUAGCGGCCGAUACUCGUCGCGCUCGUACCCACCAGUGCCUAAUCGAGGAGAGCCUGCCCGCCCUCGUGCGAGAAUUCUGGCUCCAGGAAGAGGCGCCCGUAGCCCCCUCGCCGCUCACGCCCGCUGAACAAGCAUGCGAGGAAUCCUUCCGCCGAACUCACACCCGCACCGCUGAGGGUCGGUACGUAGUGCGCCUUCCCGUCGUUGAGCCGCUGCCGAAUCUCGCGCCCACGCGCCAAGCAGCACUGCGCGUCCUCUCCAGCAUGGAGGGGAGAUUCGCACGAGACGACCGCCUGCGCCAGCUCUACCGGGAGUUCCUGCAACAAUACGAGGACCUGGGUCACAUGAGAGUAGUAGAUCGGUCCGAUCAACCGGGGGGGAGACUCAGCUAUCUCCCACAUCACGGGGUCCUGCGGGAGUCCAGCUCCUCUACGAAGCUGCGCGUAGUCUUCAACGGCUCGACUACGACCGCCUCGGGUGACGCGCUAAAUCGACACCUGAUGGUAGGACCGAACCUGCUGCCGCAGCUCGCUGACGUACUUCUAUGUUGGCGACACCAUCGUUACGUUCUCGCCACGGACGUAGAGAAGAUGUUCCGCCAGAUCCUAGUCUAUCCGGAAGAUCGCGAUCUGCAAAGGAUCAUCUGGCGGUCAAACAAAGACGAGGAGUUGAAGGAGUAUCGGCUAAACACAGUCACUUACGGAUUGGCAUGUGCGCCCUUCUUAGCCAUGAGAGCCCUCCGCCAGCUCGCCGAGGAUGAGAUGGAACGCUUCCCCCAGGGAGCGGAAGUCCUCCGCCGCGACGUCUAUAUGGACGACGUCCUCACCGGCUCCGCCUCGCUCGCGGAGACGCAAGAACUCCAGCGGCAGUUAUCAGCUCUCUGCACGGCGGGCGGGUUCCCUCUAAGGAAGUGGGCCUCGAACGACGACUCACUACUGGAGGGCGUGCCCUUGGAGCACCAGAUGCAGCACGAGCUCCGUGCUUGGCAGCCACAUGAGGCUCAUGCGACUCUUGGACUGCGUUGGCAUCCCUGUACCGACUGCUUUUCCUUCUCCACGAGGUCGCUAACAGUGACGACAAUCACCGAACGAUCGACCUUGUCGCUGAUGUCGCGCCUCUACGAUCCUCCCGGCUGGCUGGCUCCCGCCGUGGUGAAAGCCAAGAUCGCGUUCCAGUCUACCUGGCUCCAGGGGCUCGAUUGGGACGACCCCCUUGACGAGGCCUCGGCGCGACAGUGGGUCACUUAUUUGACCGAGCUUCCACGACUCGAGGAAAUCAGGAUCCCGCGAUGGCUUACCUCCGACCAUUCGGGAGCCAAACUGCAGCUGCACGGGUUCGCCGACGCCUCCGAGCGCGCCUACGCUGCCGUGUUAUAUCUGCGGACGGAGAUCGACGGUCAGGUAAAGACCCAUCUCAUUAUGGCAAAGACCAAGGUCGCCCCUCUUAAGCAGGUUACCCUACCGAGGUUGGAGCUCUGCGCCGCCACUCUUCUCGCGCGACUCGCCGCACACAUCCGACGGACCCUGGAUGUGACCCAAGCUCCGCUGCACCUCUGGUCGGACUCCACUGUAGCGCUCGGCUGGAUCCGAGGCCACCCGACCCGAUGGCAGACAGCAGUUCACCUAGAGGCCGUUUCCGACUACACCACCGACGCCUUCCUGGCCGCCUUGCGGCGGUUCACUUCCCGCCGGGGGCUGUGCCGCACCAUCCGAAGCGAUUGCGGGACUAACUUUGUGGGCGCGGACGCCCAACUGCGGGCGUUCUUCUCGACAAGCAGCCCCGAGCUGCGCCAAGUCAGCAAACAGCUCGCCGAUGAUCAGAUCCAGUGGCAACUCAAUCCGCCGUCUACUCCGCAUUUCGGUGGUCUUUGGGAGGCCGCGGUCAAGUCGCUCAAGCACCACCUGCGCCGCGUGCUGGGCGAUGCAACUCUAACUUUCGAGGAGAUGUCUACGCUCCUCACCCAAAUUGAGGCCUGCCUAAAUUCGCGUCCGCUCCAGGCUCAAUCCGAUGAUCCGGAGGAUCUGGCGGCGCUUACCCCGGGUCACUUCUUGGUGGGAUCUGCGCUGACCGCCGUCCCUGAGCCCCCCAUUGGGGCACAGCCGACGAACCGCCUGUCCCGCUGGCAGCUGCUACAGCAAAUGCGGGACCACUUCUGGGAUCGCUGGUCCCGAGAAUAUCUUCACUCCCUAACGCACCGCCCGAAGUGGUGCCGAGAGAAAUCAGCCUUCAAGGUCGGCCGCUUGUGCCUCGUUCGACACGAGAGCACCCCACCGACUCGGUGGCCGUUGGCGCGCAUCAUCCGAGUCCACCAAGGAGAAGACGGACAGAUCCGAGUGGUCGACGUCCGCACCCCCACGACCGUGCUCACGCGGCCGGUCGUCAAGCUCGUCCUCCUGCCGGACGGCGACGCCGAUGCGGAGGAAGACAAUUGCGCUGACUCUGGGCCCCCACGACAUCCCGCUCGUCACUCUCAUCUCACCAACACUCGCGGUCACCCGCUCGCAAUCGCCUCACACGCUACGUAA